GGAACAACUGAUGUAUUACAUAAUACACUGUUGCCGGAUUAACAUACUUCCACAUCCUCCCGUUAAAGCCACAUCAACACCCACCCUCGGAAGCAUCGACACCAGCCACAUUUUCCUGCACGGGCCAGCGGGCUGCCAAACGCGAUGGUUGGCUGGAUGUAGGAGGCUGAGAGCUAUCCGAACCUUGAGGCUGGCGAUUCUCACUGCUUUUUCGCUUGGAAACUCAUGACACCAACUCCAGCUCGCUCUUUGGCUUCAAUUCCGAGGAUUACGCCGACACUAUGGUAGGGAAAGUCAGCGAGAGGGUUCUCCUUCGGGAGGGCCUGGAGAGAACCGACAAUGGAAUGAAGCAGACAAGCUGGCCAGACGUCUCACCGAUCAAUCAGAAGAAUUACUACACGGAUUAUAUGAAGCGCGAUGACCAAAUUCUCGCUUUGCGACUUCAAGGCGAUGCCACCCGCGACAGGAUCGUUCAAGCUGCUAAGGACAGAGAUCGCGCUCUUGCGCAAAGCGGCCGCGCUGAGGUUCCUCUUGUUAUACCCGAGCUUCAACCUGAUGAAGCACCUGCCGAUGCUAAUGCCGGCCUCGAUCCCUCCAAAGUUAUCAUCAUUCAUCCUGGCAGCCAAAACCUCCGAAUUGGGUUCGCCAGCGACGCCCUUCCGAAAUCAAUCCCCAUGACACUUGCAACAAAGUUCCCUCAGACCGAGGCGGAGAUGCACGAAGCACUCCCUCGCCGACAAUUCGAAGCAAAGACACAAGACCAACAAUAUGGCGAGGAGUGGUCCAAGAAGUACACCAAAAUGUCCAGCGAUCUCAAGUUGGAGAUGCGCGCAAACAAGCGCAAGGUUCUCCCUAAUUCCAAGGAGCUUGUUUUGAACUACAACCGCCGGACCGAGCCCGAAAUUAUUCAAACACACAACGACCCCCUACAAAUCGACUGGACCGACAUCAACAACCUAGACGAUCCCAAAUCAUCCGCGUCUUGUUUCAUCGGGCAUCAAGCGCAAAGAGUACCAGAUGAUUCUCAACCGAAAUUCAAGCUCUGGUGGCCCAUCCAGCAUGGUCAUAUGAACGAGGAUGAGUACCUGAAUGCCGAACACAUGUUUGACGAUUUCGAGACCCUACUCGACAAGGCAAUCAGACAGGAGCUUGGCCUGACCAAGAACAGCACCUGGAGACAGUACAGCUGCGUCUUUGUCAUUCCAGACCUCUACGACAAGAAGUAUGUGGAGCAGGUGCUUCGAUCUUGCAUGACAUGGUUCGAGUUCAACCGGGUAUGCUUCAUUCAGGAAGGCAUGGCCGCUACGUUCGGUGCGGGCUACACUCAGGCCUGCGUCGUUGAUGUUGGAGCGCAAAAGACAUCUAUUACCUGCGUUGAAGAUGGCCUCUGCGUCGAAGACUCUCGGAUCAACUUGAAGUACGGUGGCUACGACGUGACGGAGACGUUUGUAAAGAUGCUGCUCUACGACAACUUCCCCUAUCAGGAUAUCAAUCUCAGGAGGCGACAUGACUUCCUGCUCGCGGAGGAGCUCAAGAUGAAGCACUGCACGAUGGUGCAAGCGGACAUCUCUGUCCAGCUGUAUCAAUUCCAUCUGCGAGCUCCCAACCAACCGACGCACAAGUAUCAAUUCAAGACAUAUGAUGAGGUCAUUCUAGCUCCCAUGGGCUUCUAUGAUCCGGCCAUCUUCGACAACAGCACCAAGAUAAGAGGCCGGAGGAAGUUGCUUGACCGGUCUUAUAAUGCAUACGAUGCGGAUAUCCCCGACGAUCCUACAUCCGCAGCCCAAUUUGGAAUUCUGGCUCUCGUCAAACCAUCAUUAAACUCUACGCCUACCAAUGGCUUCACCCAAUCACAGAACGAUGUAUCGACGCCGGUAAAGGAAAGGCUGCAGCCGUUCGACUUCCUGAAGCGGGGCGAGAACGGCAUCAACGGCACUCCAUCUGGAUCCAAUGCUCCAUCGCCGGCGCCGGAGGGUAUCAGCACGCCUGUGCCUGCCCCUUUCGUGUUUGGUGGAAGCAAAGAGGGCGUCAAUGGAGGAAGCCCUGCUCCGCCCGUAAGGAACGGCGGCACACCGGGCCCGAACGGCACAGUCGUCCCACAGCCGCCUCCGGGCAUGUUCGUCGACGCUUCUGCGCGCAGCGCCAAGGCCAUAGCAAUCGAACGCGACGGCGUUCUGCCUACCGCACCGUUGGAUCUCGCUAUUCUGACCAGCAUUUACAACGCAGCCAAGGGCGACGACAAGAAGCUGCGUGAUUACCUAGGCAGUGUCAUGGUCAUUGGAGGUGGUUCGAAGACACCUCAGUUCACUGUUGUACUAGAGGAGAAGCUCAAGGCACGGCGACCUGAUCUCUUCGAUCGCAUUUUAGUCAGUCGAAGUGCCAGGGAUAUGGACGAGCAGGUUGUGACUUGGAAGGGGGCCAGCGUCUUCGGCAAACUCCCGGCCAACGAUUCAUGGGUCACGCCGUUCGAGUUUGAACGGCUGGGGGCUCGCGUGCUACACCACAAGGUGCUCUGGUCAUGGUAGACUGGAGGAGGACGGCGGCAAAACAUCUUAAUGGAGGAUGCGAUCACGAGAAAGCAACGGAGUCGGGGAGUGAACAAUGGUGCUCAGGAACUGGUUUUUAUGGAGGCAAAAGUCGUAAGGAACGUCUAGAAGCCACUGGCGUUUGGUGUCAAAACGAAAGACUACUUUCCGGUGUUGAACUUAUGAAGUAUUGUGAGAAAUGUAUCGAGGCAAAUUCGAGGCGAUCGCGAGGCUCUCCCAGACAUCUGGAGCUGAGUGACUAUGUCAAACCUACCUAAACACAUACACUUACUGAUUGGAACUAUCAAUGUCGACGGCUACGGCGCCCACACUGUGACGGGUGUCCGGCCGUGUGUGUGAACCGGUCAGGAAUGAGGUGGUCAUGGCAAAGUCGUUGGCUAUCAUUGAGGGGCUUAUGUAAGGCGGCUCGACCGGAGUUUAGAGCAGGGAGCUCAGGUCAAUCCAGGUGUAUGAUGCUCACCCGACGUC